AUGAAAUCUGUCUUCGCCCUCGCCAUCUUCGCCGCCGUCGCUACCAGCAGCGUACGCGCUGCCCCCCAACUCAAGACCCGUACAGCGCCAGACGACGUCGCGGUGCUCAAUUAUGCACUGACGCUUGAGCACCUUGAGAACGCGUUCUACGCGGGCGCCCUUGCACAAUUCGACGACAAGGCCUUCGCCGAUGCCGGCUUGCCGCCGUCUGCUCGCGCGCGCUUUGUCGAGGUCUCCGAACACGAGAAGGCCCACGUGAAUUUGCUCAGCGAAGUGCUUGGGGAGAAGGCGACGAAGCCGUGCAAUUACGUCUUUCCGUAUUUUGAUCCCCGGUCGUUCGCAGCCUUGAGCCAACUUCUUGAGGGCGUUGGCGUGUCGGCAUACACCGGUGCUGCUGCGCUCAUCAAGGACAAGACCUACCUGACGACCGCAGCAAGCAUACUGUCCACCGAGGCGCGACACGCUGCCUACGUGCAAUCUGCCGUGAACAACCUCGCGCCCUGGUCAGGGGCCUUCGACAUUCCCCUUAGUAUGGCCUCAGUCUACAGUCUCGCCGCAAUGUUCAUCACCUCAUGCCCCGGCGCGAACAGCAUCCUGCGGGUCAAGCCCUUCCCCGCCCUCACUGUCGUGACACACGACCCGAAGCCCGGCUCCAAGGCGACCCUCAAGUUCGACGCCCCCCGCGGCGCCGGCGACCUGUACAUGGCGUUCUUCACCGGUCUGUCAAAGAAGUUCGUCAAGAUCCAGAACAACGAGGUGGCCAUUCCACCCGACCUCCGCGGAACUGUCUAUGGGGUUGUUUCCAAGAGCGCAAACUCGACGACGGAUGACGAUGUCGUAGCUGGGGUAGCGACUUUGCAGUUCGACUUCGCUUCGAGCGACCGCCUUGGCUAA